CCCGCCCACCCGGCUCUGGGCUUCUUCAUCCGGAAGGCGCUCUUAGCGGUCCUGGCUCUGUCCUUUCCGCCUGGCGACCUGGCAGCGACUGCUGCCAGCGGUUUGUGUGCUUUUUGUGUGAGCCACAGCUUCGGGCCAUGGAGGGGGACGGCCCCGCCGCUACGGCCCCGCAGUACCAGUCGGCCUGUCCUACGCGGGACGCAUGUGUCUACAGCAGCUGCUAUUGUGAGGAAAACAUUUGGAAACUCUGUGAAUACAUCAAAACCCACAACCAGUACCCCUUGGAAGAGUACUCCGCUGUCUUCAUAUCAAAUGAGAGGAAGAUGGUACCUAUUUGGAAACAGCAGGCAAGACCUGGGAAUGGACCUGUAAUCUGGGAUUACCAUGUCAUCCUGCUUCAUGUGUCCAGUGAAGGACAGAGCUUCAUUUAUGAUCUUGACACUAUUUUGCCAUUUCCCUGCCCUUUCGACAUUUACGUAGAAGAUGCCCUUAAGUCUGAUGAUGACAUUCAUCCACAGUUUAGGAGGAAAUUUAGAGUGGUUCGUGCUGAUUCCUACUUGAAGAACUUUGCUUCUGACCGGUCUCACAUGAAAGAUUCCAGUGGGAACUGGAGAGAGCCUCCUCCAGAGUACCCCUGCAUUGAAACUGUCGACUCCAAAAUGAACCUGAAUGACUUCAUCAGCAUGGAUCCUGAAGUAGGAUGGGGAGCUAUCUACACGCUGUCAGAGUUUGUACAUCGGUUCAGCAGUAAAAACUGCUGAACCUGAUUCUAAAAUGUGGGACUGGAGAGGUUCUAGGCUAUGAAUAAGCUGUCUUUUCAUGGUACAUGUACUUUAGAGGUAUAUUUUUUCUUAUUAAAUUUGAGUGGAAACAUUAAUGAAUGCAAAUAUAAAUGAAUGUUCUCUCUCCCCACCCCCCCUUUUUUUGGCUUGGGAAGCUAUCCCGGAGUUCUGUCUCCAACCCUAAGUUAGUCAGUCCCCAGCCUCAGACACAGACAAACAAGUAAAAUAAAAUCUUUCCUAUUGAUAUGCCACAUACAGCAUAUAGUCGCUAAGAUAUUCCCAUGACUUACUUGUUUAGAUGUGCGGUAACCUAGGCCAGCAAUUGCUUUUGUUAAACUAAAAGUGUGGACUUGGAGCCAGCUCCUGUUUGCUCCCUCUGCUUCCUGUCCUGCUAGACUCUAAACUCCUUGAGCAGAGGGUUGUGGCCUUGACUCUGAGAACCUCUGUUACCCAUUAGAGGUACCUGUAAAAUAUUCCAGAGACAGCUCUGCUGCUCGGAAAGGACGCUAUUGUGAGCUGAAUCAGCUAUAAGUAUUAGUCUUUUUGGACUAUGAUGUUUAAAAAAGUUGCAGAUAUUUUGACUGAGUGUUAUUUGGCCCAUUUAUAUGCAUAGUUUAAAUAAAAUUGACUUAAAAUUA